AUUUCAUUUAUGAAAAAUCGUUGAUCAGUAUAAGACGUGUUAACAAUUGCAGCGGAGAUUUUUGCGUCUGUAUAUAAAAAGUUCAUUUUUUUCUUACGUUUUGAAAGGUUCGGACGAUGAAGUACCUAAUUGUUUUGGCGCUUUGCCUGUGGCCUGUUUUUGCAGAUGAUUUGCAUCAUAGGGCUGAUUUUCAUCAAUUACAUUACAGUCAGCAUCAGCAAAGUGUAGAGGAGGCAAAGAAAAAAGUAUCCAAUAUUCUGGACGGGCACCAGUCCUCCUUUGAAGAAGUGGAUCGCUAUGGUAACGUUGGUGUCGGUACUGUUGGUUUUAGUAGUUCUGGGUUGACAGGUAGCAGUGGCUUGACAGGUAGGGGCGGAUUGGCACGUAGUGCCGGUUUCGGUUCGUCAGCCGAUUCUAAAUUUGGCUCAAGUCAUUCGGCUAAUUUUGCUGCUUCUUCAUCGUUUGCUUCGAAAGCAAAUUAUGCCGGCGGUUCAUCCCAUGGUUCUUCCUUGGGAGCUCUUACAUCUAGUAAUGCUGCAGUUAAUUCUGAUGUUCAAAGAAUUGUUCCCGAAUUGACAAUUUCUGGUAGCGAUCUUGGAGGAUAUGAAAGUUAUUUACGUCGUGACGAUGUUCAAGUAGCCUCCCCGUUAGUAUAUACGUCACCGUCAUUUGGUUCAGAACGAUAUUAUCAUCAAGAAGAACGCCGUACAUCAAAUGCUGCCACACCCUUAGUUUAUACUGCUCCCGCUGUAGGUUCCGAAAAAUUUGUUCACCAUACUGAGCGGCGUCUGCAACAACAAACUUCUGUUCCUGUUAUACAAUUUCCGCCUUCUAGCAGCGGGUCAGAAAAUUACGUACACCAAGCAGAACAGCGAGCUCAAAAUCAAGCCGUUCCAGUUCUUCGAUACACCGCUGCUCCUGUCGCACUUGACUCCGAUAGGUUUAUGCAUUUUCAAGAAAGCCGUUUGCAAACCCAACCUGUGCCUGCCAUUCAUUACGCUGCCCCGUCUAGCGGCUCUGAACGAUACGUAGUCGUGAAAGAAGAACGUCUGCAACAAGCUCCUCUUCCAUUGGUGCCCAAUCCUUCCGGUGGUCAUGAGUCGUACGUGAAAUACAAAAAAAUAACAAGCUCGGCAACUCAGCCUCAAGUGUUGGCAACGCCUUUAUCAUCGUCUUAUAACCAGCAAACUUCUUCUAGCGCCACCGCCGGUUCUUUAGCGUCGAGCAACCUUUUGGGUACUUCAACAGUUCAUUUCGAUAGUAAUCUUGGCGCAGUUGCAACUCCCUACAGUGCUCCCUCAAGUACUUUCGGUUCAUCUACCCGAGCUACCGGGUCAUCCAAUGCGCUCUUUAACCGCGUUAGCGGUUCAUCUAACGUAGACACUUCUUCCGGGUUCAGCACCGGCUUAAGCAGUGCGAGUUCGGAUGCAGGCACCUUUUCUAGUCAAUCUAGAUUUAGCUCAAAUUCCGGUUCCGAAUCUACUUUGAACUCUAAAUUCGGCUCUAGUUUCGGUGCUGAUUCUUCGUUAGGUGGAAAUUCCAACUUCUUAGCCUCUUCUAACGGUUUACACAACUACAUGCAAGAAGCUGAACGUUUGGCGAAAUUGCAGGUUCAAGGUUUAAACGUCGGUGGUGCAAGGACCGGUGGCAGUCAGUUGGCUGCUAAUUUAGAAAGUACGAAUGCUGUUGGUGGUCUUGGCGGUUUAAAUACUUUCGGUGGUGCAGGCAGCGGGGGUUAUAAAACAAAGUCUUGGGAAAAGAGUUCUAAAUGGUCUUCACAGUCUGAGUUCGGCUCAGAUGGUCAAGUGAAAAAUUAUAAAGAGCUUUCGACUGGUGAAAGUGAACAAUAUGACGUUAAUGGUCGCCGCACUGGCUACAAAGCGGCCACUACUACUCUCGACGAUAACGGCAAAGUAAGCAGCUAUAGUCUUCAUACAUAAAUCCGAGUUGUUUACAACAGAACUUAUUCUUAACUUUUAAGUUUAAAGAUUUUAGUGCUAUUAAUAAACUUGUGAGAGAAAUUGAUGUUUAAAAAAAA